AUGCGCAAACUUAAGAAAUUACGCCCUACGGAGGACUUAGAAUCCUGGGAAGCCCCGUCUGAGGAAGGGAAGCUGUUGCAGUAUGUGGAUGAUAUCCUGAUCGCCACCAAGACAGAGGAAGAUUGUAUGACAUGGAUGGUGAGUCUGUUGAAUUUCCUGGGACUCCAGGGGUACCGGGUAUCCAAGAAGGCGGCACAGGUAAUGCAACGCAAAGUGAAUUAUUUGGGCUAUGAAAUUAGUGCGGGACAAAGAACUUUGGGACAGGCCCGUAAAGAGGCAAUAUGCCAAACUCAGAGACCUCAGACAGUAAAAGAGUUGCGGACUUUUCUGGGAAUGACGGGGUGGUGCCGAUUGUGGAUCUAUAAUUAUGGAUUGCUUGUUAAACCACUGUAUGCGCUGACAGCCACUGAGCAGAAACACCUUGAGUGGAACAAGGAGACCGAACGAGCCUUUGAGCUACUGAAAAAGGCUUUGAUGUCGGCCCCGGCCUUAGGACUCCCAGAUGAACACAGGAGAACCGGUACAUCAUGACUGUUUGGAAACC